AUGCCACCAAACGAGACAAUCGUCGUGAUAGGCGCCGGCGUCAUCGGUCUCACAACAGCCCUCACCCUCCAAACCCACCUCUCCCCAAGCCAAUCCAUCCUCCUAAUCGCACGCGACUUCCCCAGCACAACUUCCAUAAACUACGCUUCCCCCUGGGCCGGCGCACACUACCGCCCAAUCCCAGGCACAACACCCCAAGCCCUCCGCGAAAGCUCCCAAGCGCGACGCACCUACGCGGCGUUCAAGAGACUAGUCACGCAGGAACCUGCUGCGGGAAUCGAGGAGGUAGAAGGGGUUGAGUAUCUGGAGAAUCCGCCGGAGGAGUAUUUGGAGAAGAGGGGGGUUGAGGAUGCGUAUUCGUCGUAUCUGGAUGGGUUUUGCCAGCUGAGAUCUGGAGGGGAUGGUGAAGAUGGGUUACCGGAGGGGGUGAAAUGGGGCGUACGGUAUAAGACAUUCGUUGUGAACUCGCCGGUUUACUGUGCGCAUUUGCUGCGACGAUUUGUGUUGAACGGAGGGCGGACUAUGACGUACGAUCUCGCGGAUACGAACGAGGCGUUUUAUGUCGGCGAGAAUGUGAAAACGGUAGUAAGUUGUUCUGGGAUGGGAUUCAACGACCCUAAGUCAUUCAUCAUCAAAGGCCAAACCUGCCUCGUCCGCAACCCGUGCGCGAUAACCCUCACCCGCCAAAACUCCGACGGAACCUGGUCCUUCUGCAUUCCCCGCCCUUUAUAUGGCGGGACAAUAAUUGGAGGCACCAAAGAGCCUAACAACUGGGACCCCAAUCCAUCCCCACAAACACGCGCAAAAAUUCUUUCCAACGCGGCCAAAUGGUUUCCGUUUACGGCACAGAGUCAGGGAAAGUUUGACGUGAUAAGGGAUAUUGUGGGAAGGAGGCCGGCGAGGGAGGGUGGUAUGAGAAUUGAGAUUGAGAGGAUUGCCGACGGGAAGACGGUUGUUCAUGCUUACGGUGCUGGGGGAAGGGGUUUUGAGUUGUCUGUUGGGGUUGCGGAGGAUGUGGUGGAUUUGAUGUUUGAGAAUGGUAUCUUGCGGACUAAAGGAUUGUUAUAG